AUGCACCUCGCCCGGACUAUGCCGCCGCGUCUGGAGGUGGUUGAGGCUUUUAGAGAUUGGGACAGUUGUUUAGAGGAUUGCUUUGAGCAGCUUUUCCCACCUGGCACUUGGGAGCAGGACCCCGACCGGUCUAGGCGCGCACGCAUGCAGCUGCAUCUCCCUGUGCGACUCGGAGGGUUCGGGAUCCGGGCGGCGGCUUUUUUGAGCCCACUGUCCUAUGUUUGUGGGUGCACGCAGGCCGCGCAUGACAUUGCACAGUUAGAGGUGGCGAACGAGGAGGCGAUGUUUGCAGAGUACCUCACCACUUUGAUAGAGGCAGAGUUUCUUGACCCGUGGUUUGCCAAGGCCGUUGAGCAUCUGCCAGCAACUAUCCGCCAGGAGAUACCAGGCUUACCUCUGUGUCUAGCGGCCCCUCCUGUUCGGCUUUUCCAGGCGCGGCAGCGGCAGUUAGCUGUAGAGGAGCUCCAGGCACUGCGCCGUUUGGCUCGUGACGAUGCUACCUUGGCCCGUUUCACAUCCUUUCAGGGCCCGGGGGCGGGUGCAUGGGUUUCGGCGGUUCUGGCUCACUCAGAUCUCACAUUCACUGCGGCCGAGUGGGGCAUUGCCGCUGCUAUAUGGCUCGGGCUCCCAAUUCAGCAGCUGCAGGUGGCGGGGAGGUGUGUUUGUGGCACAGCGUAUGUUGACCCAGCAGACCCGCAUCAUGCCCUGAGAUGCAAGCAUCAGCAUGGUCCAUCUCGGGUGCAUGAUGAGGUGAAGUUUGCAGUGGCGAAGAUUUCUAAGGCGUCGGAGGGGGGGGUGGUGACAAUGGAGGAUAAUGUGAUGCUGCAGGGGAAGCGGGUUGAUGUGGCGGUGCGACAACCAAUGGCUGGAGAGGCUCAUGCUCUAGAGAUCAGCGUCGCGGACCCACUCUCCCUGUCUCCAUCCCAGCUAGGACAGUGCGGGCGUCAAAUAGGGUCACUGAAGGUGCUCAUCGGGGUGGCGUUACAACGUGCGCAAGCCCGUGUCAUCCUGCUUCGAGCGGCGUCUUCCAUGGGGGGGAUUAACGUAGAUUUGGUGGACCGAGAGAGGGACGAUGUCGAUGUGGAAGGCGGGGCUCUCUGGGAAGAGGCCCCAUACAUGGUGGAUACGCAUUUCUCCCCGUUCUCCUCCGCGUGCCUCCCGUUCAACCAUUCCCAUUCCCGCUUCCCUCUCUUCCUCGCCUUCCCUCGUUUCCCUCUCUUCUCUCCCUUCCUUCGCUUCCCAAUCUUCCCUCCCUUCCCUCGUUUCCCUCUCAUCCCUCCCUUCCUGAGUUUCCCUCUCUUCUCUCCCUUCCCGCGGUUCCCUUUCUUCCCUCCCUUCCCUCGUUCCCUCUCUUCCCUCCCUUCCCUUGUUUCCCUCUCUUCCCUCCCUUCCCUCGUUUCCCUCUCUUCCCUCCUUCCCUCGUUUCCCUCUCUUCCCUCCCUCCCCUCGGUUCCCUCACUAUCCUCACUUCCCUCGAUUUCCUCUCUUCCUCCCCUUCCCUCGUUUCCCUCUCUUCCUCGCCUUCCCUCGUUUCCCUCUCUUCUCUCCCUUCCCGCGGUUCCCUUUCUUCCCUCCCUUCCCUCGUUUCCCUCUCUUCCCUCCUUCCCACGGUUCCCUCUCUUCCCUCCCUCCCCUCGGUUCCCUCACUAUCCUUCCUUCCCUCGAUUCCCUCUCUUCCUCCCCUUCCCUCGUUUCCCUCUCUUCCUCGCCUUCCCUCGUUUCCCUCUCUUCUCUCCCUUCCUGCGGUUCCCUCUCUUCCCUCCCUUCCCUCGUUUCCCUCUCUACCCUCCUUCCCUCGGUUCCCUCUCUUCCCUCCCUCCCCUCGGUUCCCUCACUAUCCUCCCUUCCCUCGAUUCCCUCUCUUCCUCCCCUUCCCUCGUUUCCAUCUCUUCCUCGCCUUCCCUCGUUUCCCUCUCUUCCCUCCCUUCCCUCGCUUCCCUCUCUUCCCUCCCUUCCCUCGUUUCCCUCUCUUGCUCCCCUUCCCUUGUUUCCCUCUCUUCCCUCCCUCCCCUCGGUUCCCUCACUAGCCUCCCUUCCUUCGAUUCCCUCACUUCCUCCCCUUCCCUCGUUUCCCUCUCUUCCCUUCCUUCCCUCGUUUCCCUCUCUUCUCUCCCUUCCCGCGGUUCCCUCUCCUCCCUCCCUUCCCUCGUUCCCUCUCUGUCCUCCCUUCCCUUGUUUCCCUCUCUUCCCUCCCUUCCCUCGUUUCCCUCUCUUCCCUCCCUUCCCCCAUUUCCCUCUCUUCCCUCCCUCCCCUCGGUUCCCUCACUAUCCUCCCUUCCCCGUUUCCCUCUCUUCUGUCCCUUCCCCCAUUUCCCUCUCUUCCUCGCCUUCCCUCGUUUCCCCUCUCUUCUGUCCCAUCCCUCGUUUCCAUCUCUUCCCUCGUUUCCCCUCUCUUCCCUUUAUUCCCUCGUUUCCCUCUCUUCCCUCCCUUCCUUCGUUUCCCUCUCUUCCCUCCCUUCCCUCGUUUCCCGCUCUUCCCUCCAUUCCCUCUUUCCCUCUCUUCCUUGCCUUCCCUCGUUUCCCCUCUCUUCCAUCUCUUCCCUCGUUUCCCUCUUUUCCCUCCCUUCCCUUGUUUCCCUCUCUUCCCUCCUUCCCUCGGUUCCCUAUCUUCCCUCCUCCCCUCGGUUCCCUCACUAUCCUCCCUUCCCUCGAUUCCCUCUCUUCCUCCCCUUCCUCCCUCUCUUCCCUCUGGUUCCCUCCCCUCCCUCCUUUCCCUCCAACCCCUCCCUUCUCCCCCUUCUCCCCAUUCCCUCCCUUCUCUCCCUGCUUGCAUUCAGAAUUUCUCCUUUUCCUCCCUCCCUCCCAUCUCUCCCUUCCCUCCCUUCUCUCCCUUCCCUCCCUUCUCUCUCUUCCCUCCCUUCCCUCCCUUCCCUCCCUUCCCUCCCUUCCCUCCCUUCCCUCCCUUCCCUCCCUUCCCUCCCAAAACUCCCUUCCCUCCCUUCCCUCCCUUCCCUUCCUUCCCUCUUACCCUCUCUUCCCUCCCUUAUCAACCUUCCCUUUCUUCCCUCUCUUUCCUCCCUUCCCUCCCCUCCCUCCCUUCCCCCUCUUCCCUCCCUGUGA